ACCGCUCUCAAAUUUCUUCCCCAAAUUAAUACUAUCAACCACACACACACUCUCUCACACACAUUAAUGGCGCGAGUGCGUGAAAUCGGCGGUGAGGAUGAGAGAGAAGACAAGAAAGGGAGGCAAUUCUGCAUCAACGACAACAUGGACGUGCUGAUCGAGAUCCUGAAGCGCCUCGACGACAAAUCGCUCGGCGUCGCCGCCUGCGUCUGCCGCCUCUGGUGUGCCCUAACCCGCAACGACGCGCUGUGGGAGCACCUCUGCUUCCGCCAGCUCUCCCCGCCGCCCGAGGGCGUCAGGACGGUCGUCGUCGCGCUCGGCGGAUACCGCCGCCUCUACACCGUCUGCGUGAAGCCGGUGCUCAGCCGCCUCGGGAAGAUGACGCCGGCCGCCGGCGAGAUCGAGAGGAGGCUGUGGACGAGGCAUGAGGUGGAGCUCUCGCUGUCGCUCUUCUGCGUCGAUUAUUAUGAGAGGCUGUUUCUCUGCGGAGGAGGAGGAGGAGGCAGGCUCGGUGGGGACGCCGCGGCGGCGGCGGCGCCGCCGCCGUCGUCGCUCAUGUUCCUAUGCAAAGCUGUGAACGUUUGACGUUAAGGGAUGGAUUAUUAAUAGAUAGCUAUAUUUUGUUUAUUUAUUUUGGGUUCAUAUUUUAAUAAUUUAUUAUUGGUUUCUCGAUUCCAUUUAUUUAAGAAAUUGAAUAAAAAUUCGCUCCAGUUCUUCUUUUUUU